CUAGUGGCUGAAUGCUCCAAUUCGAACAAAAAAGGAUCCGUCUCUCUCUGCCUUUAGGACCUCACAGUCUGGACGGUUUAGUUAAACUUGAGCGCAACUUGGGGGAAACCAAACGGCUCAAGUCGCACAUGAUCUGUCCGCUGAUUCGGGGCAGGCGAAUUAAUUAAAAUAAUGAUUUCGAAGGAAUAAAACACACAAAUCUUCUACCUGACAAUUCAAGGGAUUUAUUUCUUUAACAACAGCUCCUAGUGGAAGAGAAGAUCUCAAGUCUUAACGUUAGCUAUGGAUCUAGAACGACAAAAGCGCAAGGAAGAAAUACAAAAAGCUUUGGGCUUCAUUCAGUCAUCUUUGCCUUUCCCUGAACCUGAAGGUUAUGAGGCAUUCCUGACUCAGCUGGUCUGUAAUUUGCUGGAUGAAGGUAAUGCUGUGUAUCGUGAUGGUGAAUGGAGACAGGCAGCAGUCCAUUACAGCGAGGGUGUGAAUGUAGCUCGCUACGCUCAGUCAGAAGCACUGGUCAUUCCUCCUGAGCUGUUAGAGAGCCUUUAUGUAAACCGGGCAGCUGCACAUUAUAGUCUGGGUGAGUACGAGCGGGGAGUGCAAGACUGUGACAGUGCACUGUGUGUGUCGGAGGGUAGUCGCAGGGCUCUCUACAGGAAGGCACUUUGUCUGAGGGACCAGGGCCGAUUUAGAGAGGCUUAUGAGUGCGGCACUGGAUGCCUACUAACUGCUCCACACGACAGGCAAGUCAGUGAGCUUGCUCAGGAUCUAGCCAACAAACUUGGUUUGAAAAUCCGCAAAGCAUAUGUCAGCCCUCAGCUUGAUUCUACAACAUCUGGGGCAGACAACAAUGGAGAAACUAAUUCUCCUACUGGGGAGACCUCCUCGAAUGGUCUUGAGACUUUGAAUGAUAUUGGAUCAGACUUAACAAGUGCCCAGUGCAUCCCUGCCCCUCUGGCUACACCAAUUCCUGUCAGUGAUGACCCACAGAUUCCUUCGCUGGACCCAGUUGAGCCCCAAGACAUGCCAGAAAGCCCAAGCCAGGAGCCGUCGGGGCGGGUGCCAUACUCAGUGCCUGUAUCUGAACACAUGGGAGAAUGUGUAAUGAAUGAGGACACUUCAUGUCUGGACACCUUGCUGGAAAGUAUUCCUAAAGGGGCAGAGGUCAGCGUGAACCCAGUUCAAGGUGCCAUUCCUACAAACCUACCAAACACUGCUGUGGGUUUGAGACCUCCAUACUCUCCUGGUCUUGCAGGAUCCACACCUCAGCUCGCAGCUCAAUUUUUCAACUCUGCUGUAAGUCCACUUCCACCACUGGAGCCCUUCACAGUCUUGGGUCAAAGCGAAGCCUCUUCCCAGACAAUGGACUCUCUUGGCUCCUUCAGCUCUGGGGCUGCGGACACUGCAGGGAAAGGGGGUUCUGGAUCAUUGAUCACAGGAGGACUGGAUUCACUCUCUGAGUACACACUUCCUGGUGGACGAAUCUCUCACUGUUUCAUCCCUGGUUUGCGUAAUCAUAAUGCCGCCAAUGCAAAUGGCCCAGUUGGUACCAACCUUUCUCUGCUGUCACGAAACCCUCUGGCUGCCACACAUGAGUUCAGACAGGCCUGUAAUGCUUGCUACAGUCGCAUAGGGCCCAGAGUCAUGGACUAUCAUUAUCAGCCUGAGGCAGCGCACCGCUGUAAGAGAGAUGUGCUGCUCUGUCGCCUCAAAACUGCAGAUGACCCCAUCUGGAAGAGGGUGCGACCUCGUCCAGCUCGUAAUAACUUCCUUGGGGCGUUUGUUCUCUGCAAAGAGGUACAAGAACGUCAGGAGUGCCAGUAUGGUGAGAACUGCACUUUUGCCUAUUGCCAGGAGGAGAUCGACGUCUGGACCCAAGAGAGAAAGGGAGCUCUGAGUCGCGAGUUACUGUUUGACCCUCUGGGCACCAAUGAACGCCGGGCCCUCAGUGUCACCCGUCUCCUCCAGCUCCAUAUGGGCAUGUUUAUGUUCCUCUGUGAGGAAUGUUUUGACAGUAAACCGCGUAUCAUUAGCAAGAGAAGCAAAGAGAAUCUCGCUGUGUGUUCCAACCUCACUGCACGACAUCCCUUUGAUGAUAACAAGUGCCUGGUGCAUGUGGUUCGCUCAGCAAAUGUGCGCUACAGUAAAAUACGCCCUCUUCACCCACUCUGCCAGUUUGACGUGUGUCGUCAUGAAGUGCGAUACGGCUGCCAACGGGAGGACAGUUGCUCUUUUGCACAUUCAGUCAUAGAACUCAAGUGUUGGGUGCUUCAGCAGGACACAGGUAUUACCCAUGAGGAGAUGGUGCAGGAGUCUAAAAGACACUGGCACAGGUUGGAACAGAAUGCGCAGAGACAGAAGCCUAUGCCAGGGCCUCAUCAGCCCAGUGGGAGCAGCAGUGGUGGUCCUGUGGUCUCAGGCGGUGUGGUUGGCGGAGGUGGAGACAGCAUCAGUGGUGGAGGAGGAGGAGGAGGUGGAGGACUGGUGGGAUGCGGUCGGGGGCGUGGCCUGAAUCUGAAGAUGAAGUUUGUGUGUGGACAGUGUUGGAGGGAGGGCCAGGUCAACGAGCCAGACAAGUCACUGAAAUACUGCACUGCCAAAGCCAGGCACAGUUGGACAAAGGAGCGCAGGGUGUUGCUAGUGAAAUCGUUUGAGAAGAAAAAAUGGGUGGUUGUGCGACCGCUGCCUUUUUCACGUACCUACCCACAACAAUAUGAUAUGUGUGUUCAUGUUAUGAAGCAGAAGAAGUGCCACUAUAUUGGGAACUGCUCUUUUGCACACAGUUUGGAGGAGAGGGAUGUGUGGACCUACAUGAAAAACAACAGCUUGAGAGACAUGCAGCAGAUGUACGAGAUGUGGCUGUCGUUGACCAAUCAACACCGGCGUGCAGACAGCAACCUUAUGAAUCCGCCCCCAGAGGAAAAACAGAUCGCCAUGCCAACUAACUGUUCUGAGUCAAUGGUUGGAAGAAGGAUGUCUGGUGGUGGAGGAGACCUGUGACCGGUCCAAAAGUGUGUGGUCUGGAUGAGUCUUCCUGUUCAAAUGUCAGCUUCGAAGGCCCUUCUCCACUCUUUCAGUGCCACUCUGGGAAGUAACAGGCUAUUCUGCCCUUCAGGGCAGAGUGUCUGACUUUAGGACUAACACACACUGAUUGUUACCACAUACACACACACACACACACCCAGACACAUACACCACAUGCUUUUUUCCAUUUAUUAUCAAACACAAUCUUGCGCAUUCACCGACAUGACACUUGGCACAGGCUCAUAGUGUGGUGUAUGUGAAUGCACACUGGUACUUUUACAGCUAACUCAAAUAAGGGCAGUUUCUUCCGUUUUUACAAUUCUGAGGAGUUGAAUUGAGUUGAAUCUUUUCCCACAGUGCUCUUCAAACUCAAACCCAAAACAGACUGGUUCUCCCUGUAUCAAAUUAAAGCACCUGCCGUGAAGGCCACGCAUGCCUUAGUCAUGUAUGUGGUUUCAGAUUUUGAUGAAUUUCUGAAGCGGUGCUUAACUCUGUGUUCCUGCCAUAUUGGUAGAAGAGUUUGAAUGUACAGCCAAAAGUGGCCAUUUACAAGAAAUUUGAGAUUUGUUGAGAUGUGGAAUGUAUUUGAGACACCAAGGAAAUUAAAGGGAUAGUUUACCCCCCCCCCCCCCUAAAAAAACAACAACAUCUUGUCAUUUAGUCAUCCUCCAUUUGUUUCAAACUGGUCUGUUUUUUUUGUUUUUGUUUUUUUUUUACUUCUGUUGAACAAGAUAUUCUGACGAAUGUUAGAAAAAAAUCAAUUUUAUUCCUACUCUGGAACUCAAUGGCUGAUUUUUUUUUUUUUUUUUUUUUUUUUUUUUUUUUUUUUUCCCCAGUGUUUUUCAGAAUAUCUUGUGUUGUGUUCAACAGAAGAAAAAAAUCUUAAGUUUAGAACCACUUGAGCAAACAGUGAGGACGUUUUCAUUUUUUGGUGAACUCUCCCUUUAAGGAUUAACUAAGCCGUAGGUCUCAAACUCUAUUUCUGGAGGGCCGCAGCUCUGCACAGUUUUGCUCCAACCCUAUCAAACACAGCUGAUCCAACUAAUCAAGGUAUUCAAAAGAAUCAUGAACACCUUCAUUAGUUGGAUCAGCUGUGUUUGAUCAGGGAGCAACUGCAGAGCUGCGGCCCUCCAGGAAUCGAGUUUGAGACCUAUAAACCAAGCAAAACAACCCUAACACCUGCAUAGAUAUUUGCAUAAUGCUAGUUACAGACCUUGCACUGACACACACUCAUUCCCUCAUUCUUUUUGCUUUGCGCUGGCAGUGCUUGAUAAAGCUGAGGAUGGAAUGCACAUUUGAGUUGUCAAUUUGGAUUGAAACACUUUGUAUACAUUAUUUGUCUUCUUUUUUUGCUUUACAUUGAGUGAUCGACAGUUGGAAAAAGCUUCCAUGUUUGUCACAUUCAAGCUAUUAGAUUGAGAUUUUGAAGUGCAUAAUCUAUAAAACCCAUAAGCUUGCUACAAGGAGACUUGCCACAGUUCAUCGCAGGUUAGUUUUUCCAUAUUUAACUUUGAUUCAUUUCAUAUUAGAAGCAUGAACGGAGACGCGUUAGCAAGAAAAUAGGCUACAAAGAAAACUUGCCCUGUCCAUGCGUAGUUCUAUUCCAAGUAAAUAUAUCAAGACAUGCAGUGCUACCCUUAGUAUGCCUUGUCCUUACUUUCAGUGGACAUGAUAUAUAAAUAUAUAUAAAUAUAAAUAUAUACACACACACAUACACACACACACACACACACGAUUAUAUCCACUAUAUUGGCAUACUACUAAUGAUUAUUGAUAACUUAGCAGUUAAGCUUAAUUAAGUAUAACCUUACCUUGUAUUGAUUACAUAGAACUUCUUGUUAUUGAGCUAUGCUAUAUGACAUGUAUUGCUGAUUAGAUGGUUAGUGACUUUUUUUUUUUUUUUUAAGCGUCACUCCGGACGUGUUGGUUUUGUAAGGUCUAGAUAAGCCCAAACUGCUUGUAAAUGCUGUAGAGGAUUGAAGCACCCUGAGAGGGUUUGUUAUGGAAAAUAGAAUCCAUUUACAUUCCUCGCAUUGAUUUCCAGGGCUUAAAUGACACUUGAAGGAGCAGGUUUGGGUCUGAUGAUAUGGAGAUUUGAGAGGGACGUUCUGGAGUGACCUAAUACGCUUUACCGAGGGAUCAUAUUAUUACUACUGCUAUUAUUAUGAUGAUGACAGUGAUGAUAAUGAUUGCCAUUAUUACUACUUCUAUCUUCCUAUAUGCUAUUGAUAUAUGUAUAUGUUAAUUGCUAUGUAUAACACUUUAAAUAUAUGUAUCCAUGUAUGAAUAUAAUACUUAACAGUGAUUUAUGUCUAUGUAUGCUUGGUGAGCUGUUCAGAAUCGUCGAUUUGAAAUCCUAGGCUGGUUUACCGUUCAUGUUCUUCCAAGCUGAAUGAAAAUGAAACCGCAUUAACUCAUAGUGUGUCAUGCUUUUGGGAUGUUUUCGUAGUUGUUGCUUGAUCUGAAACCUGGGAUCUCUUUUGAGAGGGUUUGUAGAGUUGUUGUAGUUCAAAUUCAUCUUUCAAAACUACACACCUCAGUAAAUUCUCUCUGCAUCUUUAUUUUGAUGAGAUUCUCGCAGCUCUGUGACAGAACACAAAGCAUACAUGGAUAUUUAUGUUCGUCUGCAUAGCGCCUUAUACUAUACAUUUAUAUACAAUUAUAAAUACCUUAACGAAUAAUCCUACUCUUUCGGUAUAAUGAUAUAUACGCUGUUAGGCAACUUGUUUAAGGAAACAGGGGAGGGAAGUGUAUCGUUAACGUUCUCUGAUUGACAAUAGAGACUGGUUUUGUACACAUCUCUCGUCUGAAAUUUUACGUCGAACUGAGAUGACAUGGUAGAGCCUGAGGUAGACAUAUAGAGAAAGCGAACGCAACCUGAGAGCCGAGAAGCUCAGUUAACAGUCUCUGUUGCUCAAAAACGGUGGGAUGUUGUUUGCAAUCAUUCAUAUUCAUAUUAAAGGGUUAGUACUGCUGGCCAUUGACUGUCCGAAGGCGGCAGUAUUGGUCAUCUACUCACCAUUAUCAUUCUCCACUUGAGUUUAUUUUUUAACACAGAACUUGAAUGUUCUGGGCUCUCGGGUCUUUGAAACCAAGGAUGAUUGCCCAUUUUAAAUAACAUUUGUGUUUGACACUUUCUAGCUGGAGUGUAAAACAGAAAUAUGUUCAUAAUUCAUGUUCAGUGUGGGAUUUAACCAAUGUUGGAUUAUAUCGGUUGAGAAUUUCUGUUAAGAUGGGGUUUUUUUUCACCUCCUUAGAUAACCAGUAAAAAAAAAUUAAAUAAAAAAAAAAAUCAGGGUUUUGAAAAAAUGAAAAGGAAAAACAACAAUGCCUCUUUUUGUACUGUAUUUUUACAUUUGUUUGUUUUGUUUCUCCUCUUUCUCCCUGGUUGGAAGUGAAUUAUUGAUCACAGUGGACCAAAUCUCAUGAACGUGUUUAACAAUAAAUAGACUGUUUUAGAAAAA